AUGUUUGAAUCCUAUGUAGAUGAUAAGCGUGCUGCAAUUAUGAAACAAAUACAAAAUCGUUCAUUAUCAUCAUCAUUUCGCAUAGUACUCAAUAAUUGGCCUUUAUUAACACAUUCUGCUCGUUUUGUUAAACCAUUUAUAAAUGAAUUAGAACCAAAUCUUAUCCUUAAUGGUGAUAGUCAUCAUUUUUAUAUAUUUUUAUAUGAUCGAAUUAAUAUGACAACUCGUAUCUUAGCACGAGAAUAUUUACUACAAACAAUUUUUUCAAUAGAUCUUAAUCCAGACCGUUUUAUUUAUGAAAUAUCAGUGCCAACAUGUUCAUAUCGAAUGGAUGUUAUUAGAAUUGGAUAUACUGUUCUUUUACUUGAUAGCUAUAUGAUUUAA